AUGCGAACGUUAUUCCGUUUCCGUUCUCCCUUGCUACUUCCUUUUUGCCUGUGCAAUUCUUACCGUCAACACGCGCUCACCCUACCAGCUCAAAGAUGCGUUACGUUGCUGCUUACCUGCUUGCUGCCCUUGCAGGCAAAGAAAGCCCCGCGGCUGGCGACAUCAAGAAGAUACUGGAAAGUGUUGGCAUUGAGGCUGAUGACACACGCAUGGAGAAGGUCAUCUCUGAGCUCAGUGGCAAGAAUGUGGAUGAGGUGAUUGCCCAAGGCUAUGGUAAGCUUGCCAGCAUGCCAGCAGGUGGUGCUGUUGCAGUGGCCAGUUCUGCAGCUGUCGGGUCAGGAGGAGCUGCUGCCCCAGCUGCAGUUGAGGAGAAGGAAGAGAAGAAGGAUGAAUCAGAAGAGUCUGAUGACGACAUGGGAUUCGGCCUGUUUGACUAAACUAGUUCCGGACCAAAUAAAUAAACUGUUCAUAGAAAAAAUA